GCGGGGAAAAAUAUUAUAGAAAUUUAGUUUUAUAUAUAAAGUCCAAGUGUUAACAACGUUUCUCAGCAAAAUGGGAACAUCAAAAAUAAUUGCAAUAUUUUCUGUAAUAUUUUUACAAAUAAUAAAUGUACAAAAUGUUAAAGCCGCCAAUAUGGUGUGUUAUUUGGAUACGAGUCGUGUAAAAGAAGUACAACAAACCAUUUUCGACAUUGAUCCAGCUAUGCAAUUUUGUAAUUAUUUGAUUUAUGGCUAUGCGGGCAUUAAUUCUGAUACGUUCCAGUUGAAAACCUUAGAUCGUGGCUUGAAUUUUGAUUUGUAUCAUGCCGUCACCGCUCUCAAACGUAAACAUUCUCAUUUGAAAGUUUUACUCUCUGUUGGUGGUGAUCGUGAUUUGGAAUCGGAUGAAGAAGAACCUAAUAAGUAUUUAAUGCUUUUGGAGAAUAUUGCUCAUCGUAAUGCUUUCAUAAAUAGUGCUCAAAGUUUUGUGAAUACCUAUGGUUUUGAUGGCCUUGAUUUGGCUUGGCAAUUCCCUAAAAAUCCCCCUAAAGAAGUUCAUUCGGGUAUUCGUAAGGCUUGGAAUAAAUUUAAGGGUUGGUUUAAGGGCCGCAAAAUUGUGGAUGAAAAGGCUGAGGAACAUCGUGAACAAUUUGUGAGUUUCGUGAGAGAGUUGAGACAGAGUAUGAGUUCGUUGCAUGCCUUGCUGACGAUGACGGUGUUGCCUCAUGUUAGCGCGGAACUUUUCUAUGAUAUACCACAAAUUGUACCACAAAUGGAUUUUGUCACCCUUGCCACCUUUGACUACGUCACACCGUUAAGAGAUCCCAAGAUUGCCGAUUAUACAGCCUCAAUUUAUGAACUCUUCGAACGUGAUCCCGAACUUAAUAUUGAUCAUCAAAUACAAUAUUGGUUAAAUCAUACAAGUGAAACAACGAAACUUAUUAUGGGUGUACCAGCCUAUGGACGUUCUUGGGUAAUGACUAAAGAAUCUGGUAUAACCGGUUAUCCACCAUUGCCAGCUGGAGGAGCAGCACCAGGUGGUAAUUUGACAAAUACUCAAGGUUUAUUAAGCUGGCCGGAGGUGUGUGUAAAAUUACAUAACAAUAAAGAGCUGAAAGGUGAAGAGGCUACCUUACACAAGGUGGGUGAUCCUACCAAGCGUUUUGGUACCUAUUGCUAUCGUGAUGCUGAUGAGAACGGUGAUUAUGGUUUGUGGAUAUCAUAUGAGGAACCAGCUACUGCUGCUAAUAAAGCAAAUUAUGCCCGCGUCAGAAGUUUGGGUGGUGUGGCUCUAUUCGAUUUGACCACCGAUGAUGUUUUGGGUACUUGUGGUGAUGGCAAGUAUCCCAUUUUGAGAAGCAUUAAAUAUAAGUUGUAAGCUUUAUUUCAAAAAUUAAAGAGAUUUUUCUUUAAAAAUAAAAAAAAAAACUUAAAUUCUUUUCUUAAAAUUAUA